CGCGGAGCCCCGGCUGCAGGCGGCACCAGCCCGGCUCCAGGCAGGACGCGCGGCUCGGCGCGCUCCCACUGCGGCUCCCUCCAUGGCCGCUCCUGCCCGCGCGGAGCGGGGCACCAGGGGCCGGGCACCAGCCUCCCAGGGCGGGCGAAAAGGAGAGAUCUGAGCCGCUCGCCGCCGGCCCCCCCCCGCCAUGUGGGGAGCUCCGGCGCCUCCCAGCCAGCAGCCCAGCCUGGGGCCGAGCCCCGCGCUCAAGGAGCUGCCGCUGCAGCGGGAGCCGUGCCGGCUGCUGUGCCCAGCCAACUAGCUCCGGGGCGGCCGCUGGCAGAGCCCUCCCGGCCAGCCGCAGGACCCCCAGGAGGGCUGUGUGUCGGCCGCAGACCCUGGCACCUGUGGAGCGGCCCGCGGGCUCUGUGCGCACGAUGGGCCGCCGGAGCGAAGGCGGACGAGUGGCACUGCACUGUGGCGCUGGAGAGGGGGGGUGCGCGGCCGCCUCCCCCGCACACGGCGUGGCAGCACCCCUCCUCCUGUGAGCCGGUUCCGCUCCUCCACUCUCGGCGAUCCAGCCAGAAUAACAACAGGGCGCUCCCCCUCCCACGCCAGUCUCCCUUCUCCGCGCUUCCUGCCCGCCGGCAGGCUCUGCUCCAAGGGGCAAGGAGGGGGACGGAUCAGGAUGGCAUCUCCCGGGAGCAGCAGCCAAGAAGAGCCGCGGAGCUGGCUCUGGUGACCCCGGGGGCAACCGCAGCCGGAGCCCCUGCGCAGGAGACGGGAGAGCCGGGCUAGAGGCCGGCGGCUCCCCGAGCCCCAGGACACCAGCCCCGGCCCUGGAAGUCGCCGUGGAUCUUGCGAAGCGUUUUCCGAGUUCGUCCUGCUGCGAAUAUCCCAGGAUCAUCGUUCGCUGCCCUUGAGCCAAGUGGGCGAAGCUCGCCCGGACAGGUGGCCGCCGUGCCCGGAGCCGGCCCAUGGGGGCUCAGUGCGCGGUACAAACGAGGCGGAGAGACUGAGCAGGUGGAAGAGGCGGCGCUGCUCCCAGCCUCUAUAAAACAUCCGGAGCUAUGCCUUGUCCGGAGAGCCGGCAAGACCCGGGCAGACGGGCACUGCCCGCCCUCUCUCGCUAGCCGGGAGCAGGGAAGGAAUCACUCAGGGCUCGCCUGCCAGUGGAUCUCCAUCGGCGCAAGGCGGCUCCUUGCGACCGGGCAGCGCUCCAGUCCCGUGGGCGUGCGGCUGGGUCCCCGGAGCUGAGUUUGGUUAGUCCUGCCCCGCGCCUCGCUGCUGUGAGCUGCUGGUGCGGAGAGCGGCGAGAGGCAGAGCGCGGCUGCGGCUCUCUGGCGCGUGGGACGUUAAGAUGGUGAGCUCUCCCCGGCCGAGAGGGGCUCCGCGGAGGCAAGGCCGGGCUGGGGGAGAGCAGAAUGGACAGCGCCGGGCGCCCAGGCAGCUUGUGAAGGAUGAGCUCCGGGGGCUCGCAGAACACGCAGCCCAGUGAAGACCCCGCCGGCGGCAGCAGCAGCGAGAGGCAGCGGAUCAGGUGCCGCAUGAAAAUGGUGAUCGGGCAGCUGGAGGGGAUCCUGCAGGAGCUCAAGGAGGUAGCCAAGGAGCUCCGGGAGGUAGUGAGCCAGAUUGAUAAGCUGACGUCGGAUUUUGAGUUUGAGCUAGAGCCAGACGACUGGACCACGGCCACAGUGAGCAGCACAUCCAGCAGCGAGAAAGGGGGUGGCACGUUCGACCUCGGCCAGCUGGAUUUCAUGACCUCGGACAUCCUCUCUGACAGCUGGGAGUUCUGCUCCUUCCUGGAGGUCUCCACCCCAUCUGACUCUGGGGACGGCUCAGAGCAGCAGCCAGGCCGCCAGCCAGACUACCGGCUGAUGAACGGUGGGGUGCUGACCCCUAACGGACCCCGGGUGGAGACGCCUGACUCUUCCAGUGAGGAGGCCUUCAGCUCCGGCCCCAACCUCAAAGCCCAGCACCAGAGGACGCCGGGCAUGAGGGAGCGGGUCCGCUUCAGUGACAAGGUGCUCUACCAUGCCUUGUGCUGCGACGAUGACGACGGGAACAGCCAGGAAGGCACUGGCGGGCCGCCACCGCCCAAGGACCUUCUGGAGGAGCCCAGUGAGGCGGGGCACAAGCUGCCGGCUGGGCCCUCUGCCAAUCCACUGCCACUGCUGCAGCGGCACUCUUCUCACCUGAGUGCCACUCAGCAACGGAAACUGAUGAAGAACAGCAGCACACAGACCGUGUCGGACAAAAGCACUCAGACCGUGCUGCCCUAUGUAUCGGCCAAGCAGAAAAUCAAAGGCAAAAACUGAGCAGGGGUGGGGGUGGGGAGGAAUCGGAGCUAUGGGGACUGAUCGGAGCAGGGGGAGGGGCAGAAAUAUAUAUAUAUAUAUAUAUUUAAAUAAAUCAAAAUACUAAUCAUAAAAACAAAACAAAAAGGUGUAAAA